AUGCCCUCCCUUUAUACUUUAUGGAAUAGUGAGACAGUUUUCACAAUCUCAGUGCCUGUACACAUAAGCUUAACCAGGGCAGAGUGAGGAGUAUAUACAGGCUGAAAAUAAAUCAACAGCCAGAAACUGAUAAAGACUGAAAGCUGAUAUCCAUAAGAGAAAAACAAUGGGGUUUCUGUUCAGUAGUUCUACUAUUUUUCUCUUAUCAUCUUUGUUUGGAUUUUCACCAGUAAUAAGUCAAGACAUGAGAAAAGGAGGUGCAUUUUGUAAUGCAGAAGGCUGCUUUGUGAUCUACUUUGAAGAUAUAUUCCUAGACUCAUGGAGGUUCUGCAAAGAGAAAGGUGGAAAUUUGGCAACUAUCAAACGCAAAGAGGAGGCCAACGCUAUUGCAACACUCUUCUCUACUCUGGACUUGCAGGAUUCACAUGCCAAGGUCAGAGUAUGGAUUGGAUUGCAACGUCAACCUCGUCAGUGCAGCUCACAUCCACUGAGGGGUUUCACUUGGACAACUGGUGAUCAAGACACAGAAUAUACCAACUGGCAAAGUGAGGACUCUCCAAGUACGUGUUUGGUACCCCGCUGUGUGGCUGUGGGCUACAACACUCAAGAACGCAGUGAUAACUUUCUGUGGAUUGACCAUUCAUGCUCUGUCCCUGUCGAUGGAUAUCUUUGCCAUUAUGCUUACAAAGGAAUGUGUUCAACCUUGUGGAGUGAGCAUUUAGGAAAUGUCUAUUAUACAACUCCUUUUAACCUUUUGAGCACAACCCUAACUCAUGUACCUGUUGGAUCUAUUGCUAACAUACCCUGCCCAACAAAUGGCAAUAAAAACAAGCUUGUUUUGUGCAUACUGAGACAAAAUGGCUCAGUAGCAUGGUCUCGGGAACCUCCAUUUUGCUCAGUUCCCUCUAUUCCACACCAGUUGUGUGAGCAGGAUAAUGGUGGAUGCGAACAUUUCUGCAGACAAACUGGUGGUCAGAUCUUCUGUGACUGUACUGAUGGCUUCCAUCUCAGAUACGAUAGACUGACCUGUGAGCCUGAUGUUUGUCAAGGCAACCACUGUGAGUCUGAGUGCCUGCCUCUUUCAAAUGGCUAUCGCUGUGCCUGCCCUGAUGGAUACAUUCUUGCAACAGAUGAAUAUUCUUGUCUAGAUGUGGAUGAGUGUCUGGAGUCUCCUUGUCAACAGAUCUGUAAGAAUUUGCCAGGGACAUUUGAAUGUCAGUGUUGGGGGGGGGGGGGUAUUCUUAAUGAAAAGGAGGUAUGUGAGGAUAUAGAUGAGUGCUUAAAUGACUUGUGUGACCUAUGUAAAAAUAUUCCAGGCUCCUAUAUCUGCCACUGUCAACAAGGAUUUUCAGUUGACACUGAUGAGCCCAGGCGAUGUCAUGAUAAUGACGAGUGUCAGAUUGGUGGGAUCUGUGAGCAAAUGUGUAUGAAUUAUGUGGGUGGUUUUGAGUGCUUCUGUAAGGACGGCUAUGAACUUUCAUCUGAUAAUUUCACAUGUCAUAAAAUAGGGGAAGGCCAGAUUAGAUAUGUCACACCUCAUUCUGAGAAAAUAAGAUCUGAGCUAGAUGAGGAAACGGUGCAUGUCCUUGAGUGGGAGCAGCAAUCUCAGUUGGAAGAAAAUGUUUUAUCAACAACUCAAACUAUGAUUUCUUCCACCACUAGCUCAAACACUAUGUCAGAAAGGUACAAAAAUGAUGGAGAGGAUGUUACUACAACUAUACCAUUACUUUCCACAUCUACAGUCUCAGAGGAAGCUUGGAAUUCGUGGCCAGGGUUUUCUGCUUCCACUCAAAGUUUGGAAAAUCCAAAAGUACCACAUACAGAUUCUUACAUAAAAAAAUGAAGCAGAACAGGAAAAGUACUCUCCACAUGACUACCCUCAGUUCCCAGGACAACAGUCUGGAAAGGAGGGUAGGAAUUUUGGGAAAAUUAAACACU